UCUAGGACCUCAAUCACAUCUUACUCGAGAGCGACAUGUAUUGCAAAGCUAAAUGACACAUAAACGACAACGGUGCCGCUGAUUUUUACAAUGCCAUUUCCAAUAAUAUAACCAUUCACAAUGUUUAUUUAUUCUCCAAAGAAACUGCCCAACCUCGAUUGUACCACUUGUUCACAUGUUCAGAACCAACUUCUUUUGGAAAUCCCGGCGCCACUCAACGUCAAAUUCUCAUGGUUUUUAUCAUAUAACAUCCUCAUUCCUGUCGUUUUCUCCUCUUAUAUAUGGGCAACAUCUUUAGUGAAGAUUGCUCAUUCAGGAAAAUUUAAAUAGCUAGCCACUGUAAUUAUUUCUUUAAUAUACAACUAAAGAUUUAACCAUGGUUAUGGUGGACAGCUUCCCAGAAGUUAGCAAAUGUGCGUCCAAAGGCCGAGAAAAGCACACGGUGGUCGCUGAUAUGGAUGGCACCCUGUUUAUUGGUCGUAGCUCCUUCCCUUAUUUCGCUCUAAUUGCCUUCGAGGCUGGUGGGAUUUUUAGGCUUCUUUUCUUGCUCUUGGCAUCACCACUUGCGGCACUUCUUUAUUACUUUGUUUCAGAGUCUGCUGGUAUUCAAGUUCUUACCUUUGCAUCCUUUGCUGGUAUGAAAGUAUCGGAUAUUGAAUCUGUAGCACGCGCAGUGCUGCCAAAGUUCUACUCCAGCGAUCUCCAUCCUGAGUCAUGGCGUGUGUUCUCUUCUUGUGGGAAACGCUGCGUUCUUACAGCGAACCCAAGAAUUAUGGUGGAAGCAUUUCUGAAGGAUUUCUUGGGAGCUGAUUUAGUUUUUGGUACCGAAAUAUCAACUUAUAAAGGUAGAGCUACAGGUUUUGUUCGUACCCCUGGUGUACUUGUAGGCAAGAACAAGGCAAAUGCUCUUAAAAAGGCUUUUGGAGACGCAAGGCCAGAAGUUGGGCUUGGAGAUAGGCGCACUGAUGCUCCCUUUAUGGCUUUGUGCAAGGAGGGAUACCUGGUGCCACCCAAGCCGGAAGUCAGGGCAGUAACAGGUGACAAGCUCCCAAAACCCAUCGUCUUCCAUGAUGGCAGGCUAGUCCAGAAACCAACACCAUUAAUGGCACUUCUCAUCAUUCUCUGGAUACCAAUAGGCUUCAUUCUAGCUUGCUUGAGAAUUGCAGCAGGAUCACUCCUGCCUAUGCCAAUGGUCUACUAUGCCUUCUUAGCACUCGGUGUCCGUGUCACAGUAAAAGGCAACCCACCUCCUCCAGCCAAGAAAUCAACUGGUCAAUCAGGUGUCCUCUUUGUUUGCUCCCACAGAACUCUCCUUGACCCCAUAUUCCUCUCCACUGCCCUUGGCCGCCCUAUUGCCGCAGUCACAUACUCAGUAUCUCGCCUCUCGGAAAUUAUAUCACCCAUCAAAACAGUUAGGCUCAGCCGCGAUAGAGCAACAGAUGCAGCAAUGAUCAAGAAGUUGUUAGUAGAAGGUGACUUGGCGAUAUGUCCUGAAGGGACCACUUGCAGGGAACCCUUUCUUUUAAGGUUUUCAGCUUUGUUCGCAGAAUUAACCGAUCAAAUUGUGCCGGUAGCUAUGGUGAACAGAAUGAGCAUGUUCCAUGGAACUACCGCUAGAGGGUGGAAAGGGAUGGAUCCAUUUUACUUCUUCAUGAACCCUAGUCCAGCUUAUGAAGUAACUUUCUUGAGUAAGUUGCCCCAAGAAUUAACGUGCAGUUCAGGCAAGUCUAGCCACGAAGUGGCUAAUUACAUACAAAGGGUGAUUGCUGCUACUCUUUCCUAUGAAUGCACUGGAUUUACUAGAAAAGAUAAGUACAGAGCACUUGCUGGCAACGAUGGCAGUGUUGUUGAGAAACCUAAGCUCGAAGCCAACAAAGUAAUGGGUUGCUAAUUUACUUGAUGCAAAGUUUGAGUUUUGAACUCCGUAUUUCAACUUGUAAGCACCUGGUGUAAUCAUUUUAGAAUCCGAAUUUGGAGAAGUGAUCAAUUCUUCUUCUAAACUUCAGAAUUACAGUGAUUCAAGUUUUGGAAAUAAAGAACAA